AGGUCACGGGUUUGUCUUGAAAGGUCCUGAUUUCACAGUUCUAGACAGACAGACAGACAUACAGACACAUAUUCUCUCUCACCACACAACCGAGGAGACUAUCCAACGUUAAUGUGAAUUCACCCCUAUUUUACUUACAGAGUUUAAAAACAACUUGUACACAAUAUUUUACUGUAUCACCAAGACACUUAAAAACAUCCCUCCAUCCUCUUCAACAUUUCAAUCCACACCCAGGACUCCCAUCCCGAGCUUCACAAUACCGCCAUAUCCAUAUUCACACUCUCUUCCUUAUCCCUUACCUAGCUAUCACAUCCAAAACCGUCACUUUUUCUCUCUUACACCUCUCCUGCAAAUUAGCAGGCGCUUUUGAUCUCCAAUGGCUCUCAUGUUAGAUAACUGUGAAGGCAUAUUACUCUCAUUAGACUCCCACAAAUCAGUCCCAGCUCCUUUCCUUACCAAAACCUACCAACUGGUAGAUGAUCCAGCCACUGACCACAUAGUUUCUUGGGGUGAAGAUGACACUACUUUCGUUGUUUGGAGGCCACCUGAGUUUGCUCGUGAUCUCCUUCCUAACUAUUUCAAGCAUAACAACUUCUCUAGCUUUGUCAGGCAACUCAAUACCUAUGGGUUUAGGAAGAUUGUACCUGACAGAUGGGAGUUCGCUAAUGAGUUUUUCAAGAAGGGAGAAAAACAUUUACUUUGUGAAAUCCAUAGAAGAAAAACAGCUCAGCCACAAGUAGCCAUUAAUCAGCACCACCCACAUUCUCCUUUUGGUGUUAACGGGCCCAGUUUCUUUCCUUUCCCAAGCAGAACCAGCAUCUCUCCAUCUGAUUCAGAUGAGCAAGCCAACAACUGGUGUGAUUCACCUCCUCUCACUUCACCACCAAGAGGAGGAGUUGCUACCGCCACAGUUAUUGGUGGUGGGGGUGGAUUUAAUAGUUCAGUCUCUGCGUUAUCAGAAGAUAAUGAAAGACUAAGGAGAAGCAACAAUAUGCUAAUGUCCGAGCUUGCGCACAUGAAAAAGCUUUACAAUGAUAUUAUUUACUUUGUCCAAAAUCAUGUCAAGCCUGUUGCUCCCAGCAAUUCCUACUCUUCUUCUUUGCUUCUUUGUGGCCCAUCACCUUAUGCUACAACAAAUCAUGUUACUUCUAAUGGUUCUCUAGUACAGAAGCCCUUAAACCAGCUUCUUGGGUACUAUCCUACAACUGCUCCAACUAACCCUAAGCAAAUCCCUCAAGUUCAUGUUUUGAUCAACUCACCUACAACUACUUCACAGAGCUCUUUGACCAUUCUUGAAGAAGCCAACAACAAUGGUUGCAAGACAAAGUUGUUUGGUGUGUCAUUACAAACAAAGAAAAGAUUGCACCCAGAGUAUGGUUCAAAUCCAGGAAAUAUGGAAACUAGCAAGGCUCGUUUGGUGUUGGACAAGGAUGAUUUAGGAUUGAAUCUUAUGCCUCUUUCAAGAUGUUAGUAUCUUCAAAUCAAUUCUAAAGAUCUGAGCUUUUUGGGUUUAAUAUUUAUAUCUUUUCUUAGAUUUUAUUUCUUGUUUGAUUUUCAUUGUCUUCUUUGAGUCUUAAGAUAGUCUGAGAUGAUAGUAGGCUACUAGCUCGUGUUAAUGAAAGAAACAUGCGUGUGCGUGCGUGUUGGUUUUUGUGACCUUGUAUAUAACUUUAGUGCCGGGUAUUUUCUUUACCCCCCACAGCCAUGAAUGCAGGUGGGGUUUGGUUAGAAUGAAGAUCAAAUCAAAUCAAGUUUAAAAAUCACAA